AUGGCCAGUAACAUCAACUACCAGCAUACCGUCACCAGUGCAUCGAGAAAGGAACACUUCGAGCGUCCCCUCAAUCCGGCGCAACUUCGAUCCAGCAAGAUGUUCCACGUCAAAGAGCAUACUGUGCCUACUUCGCAUAUCCGAGAGUAUGCGAGAUCGACUGUCGAUGACCAGGAAGAAGUCUUGCAUCUUGCUGUAAAGCAGUACAUUCCUAAGAAGACAUUCGCUGCCACUCACAAGGUCACGAUCGUGGGCGCUCAUGCCAAUGGCUUUCCAAAGGAAAUGUAUGAGCCGCUCUGGGACGAGCUCUACGAAAGACUUCGAGCCAAGGGUAUCGCCAUCAAUAGCAUUUUCAUCGCAGAUGUUGCACAUCAGAAUGCAUCUGGCAUUCUCAACGAACGCAAGCUUGGAAAUGAUCCAUCUUGGCAAGAUCAUCCACGAGACAUGUUCCUCAUGAUCAACCACUUCAGAAAAGAAAUGAAGCGACCUCUGAUUGGCAUAGGACACAGCAUGGGCGGCAACAAUCUCGUCAAUCUGUCUAUCAUGCACCCACGGCUCUUCACAACGCUGAUCCUCAUCGAUCCCGUCGUUCAGCGACAAGUGUCCACUCAAGGUAAUUUCGCACCGGCGAGAGCGUCAACGAACCGAAGAGACAAAUGGCCCAGUCGCAAGGCCGCAGAAGCAUCGUUCAACCGCUCGAAGUUCUACCAAACCUGGGAUCCUCGAGUACUCGACCUAUGGGUGAAGUAUGGACUUCGUGAUCUUCCGACACAUCUAUACCCAUCUGCAACUCCAGCGUCAGCCUUCCCUCCGGUAAUCACAGCGGAUCCAAGUACAGCGACCGUAUCUCCUGAGCCCAUGACCGAGAGGAAGGUCACUCUUGCUACGACCAAACAUCAAGAAGUUUUGACCUUCGCAAGGCUACGAUCACCAGCGAUAGAAGGCUCGAGCAUACCUAUGGAGGUGACACAUCCAGACUUCGACCCGGAGCGAGACAUUGAUUCGCUCUUCUACAGUCCAGCACUAAUCUCCACUUUCCGGAAACUGCCAAAUCUACGACCGAGCGUGUUCUACAUAUACGGCGAAAAAUCCGACCUUUCUGCGCCACUGUUCAUUGCAGACAGACGCGCGCAGACUGGCAUCGGACCAAACGGAUCUGGUGGUGCCAAGAAAGGCCGAGUGAGCGAUGUCACAUUCAAGGGUGUUGGUCAUCUCAUACCCAUGGAGGACGCUAACCAGACAGCCGAUGCCGCUGCUGCGUGGAUCGUACCUGAGAUAGAAAGGUGGGCGGCAUUGGAAGAAGCUGAGAGGAAGGAGUGGGCUGGUGUGCCGGUACAUGAGCGCAGUCAGAUGACGGAACGAUACCUUCGGAUCAUGAAGGAGGAUGGGAAGAAACCAUCCAAGCUAUAG